AUGGACGUAUAUGUCCAGAUCACGGGCCUGGACUUGGGAAAGACACGCGGAGUAAAGGCGCUGCUUGAUAGUGGCUGCAGUACCUGUUGCAUUGAUACCGACUACGCGCGGGCAGAGAAGUUGGAUAUCCAGGAACUCCCGCAGCCCAUUCUAGCUUGCAAUGCCAACAACACCGAAAACAUCAACGGUCGGAUCACACAUUACGUCGACCUGAGGAUGAGAAUUGGUCCUCAUGUGGAGACAUGCACGUUCCUUCUGACAUGUCUAGGGAAAGCUCGGAUCUUCAUCGGCCUGGAUUGGCUGAUGGAACACAACCCCGAGGUGGACUGGCGGGAGCAGACAAUGAGAUUCAGCCAAUGCCCAGAGCGGUGUCAAAUGAGGGGUCAGGAGGAGCACCAGGCAAUGAUCGAUAUGGAUGCAAUUGAUCUGAACACAAACAGACCGGAUCUGGAAGAAGGGGAAUCGAUCUUGUUGGUCGACUUUGGGAAGGAGGUGGAUCUUCGGCUAAAAGAAACACCGGCGCAGAAAUUUGCAGAAGAAGCGGAGAAGGAGAAGGAGCGAACAACUGAAGGGAAAAUUCCGGAGCAAUACCAGGAGUUUGUCAAGGUCUUCGCAAAGGAAUCAUUUGACUCGCUGCCGGAUCGACGAGCAUGGGACCAUGCAAUCGAACUCAAACCCGGCUCCAAAGCAGUGGACUGCAAAGUCUACCCGCUAUCACGAAAUGAGCAGGUCAAACUAGACAAAUUCCUAGAAGAGAACCUAGCCAGCAGAUGGAUCAGGCUAUCAAAAUCACCCCUGGCUUCAGCGUUCUUCUUUGUCAAAAAGAAGGACGGCUUGCUACGCCCCGUCCAAGAUUAUCGGUGA